AAAUUCAUACAUAGGUACCAUCAUCAUUCAUUCGAAAACAAAAUUUUUUUUUUUUUUGAAAAGAAGACACACAUAUACCCAAUAUAAUCAUAUCAUCAUCGUCACAAGACAUUCAUUCAUUUAUUGGAUGUUUAGUUCAAAAAAAUCGUUGUUUUGUUGGUAACGCGUAACGGUAUAUAUAUGAUAAAGACGACAUCUACAAAAAAAAUCAAUUUGAAAAUUUUUCAUCUUUUUACAAUCAUUUACGAUUCGUCAUUCAUUCAUUCAUCAUCAAAUAAAAAAUUUAUUUAAUCGUCUGUGUGUGUGUGUUUGCUUGAUUGUAUAGGAAAUUAUUGACUUUGAUUUUGCAAUUUUCAUUCAUUCAUUUAUUCAUACUUUGUGUCCACAACAACAAAUCAUCAUCCAUUAAUUUAUUUUUGAAAAAUUUCUUCAUCAAUUGUAUAUCCUGAUGCCUGGAAAAAUGUCCGAUGCUCAACGAAAGAUUGAUCUUGCCACACGUUCAUUGGUGUUGACCAAUGAUCAGAUAUCAAAAAUUUCAAAUCUUCUACUCAAUGAAAUCAAUGAAGGUUUACGGCGUGAAACAAAUCCAAUUGCAAGUGUUAAAUGUUAUCCAACAUUUGUCCGUGAUGUACCCGAUGGCACUGAGAAAGGAAAAUUUAUGGCUCUCGAUCUUGGUGGUACAAAUUUUCGUGUAUUAGUCAUCGAUAUUGAUGGUGAAAAAUUUGCUAUGGAUAAUGAAAUCUAUUCGAUUCCAGUGGAAAUUAUGACCGGUACUGGUGAACAAUUAUUUGAUCAUAUUGCUGCUUGUAUGUCCACAUUUAUGACGAAAAGAAAUAUCAAAGAUAUGAAAUUACCAUUGGGAUUCACGUUUAGUUUUCCAUGCCGUCAAGAAGGAUUAACUAAAGCCCGAUUAGUAUCAUGGACAAAAGGUUUUUGUUGUUCCGGUGUUGAAGGCGAAGAUGUUGUCACACUGUUACGACAAGCUGUAAAACGUCGUGGUGAUAUUGAUAUCGAUGUAAUGGCUGUUGUCAAUGAUACUACCGGAACGUUGAUGUCAUGUGCACAUAAAAAUCGUGAAUGUCGUGUCGGUGUUAUUAUUGGCACUGGUUUCAAUGCUUGUUAUAUGGAACAUAAAAAAAAUGCUGAAUUAUUCCAUGAAGAUCUUCCCGGUCCUGAUCAGGUGAUUGUCAACGCUGAAUGGGGUGCUUUCGGUGAUAAUGGUGUUUUGGAUUUUUUCCGUACCGAUUGGGAUGAUGAAGUGAAUACGUAUUCAUUGAAUAAAGGACGACAAUUAUUUGAAAAAAUGAUUUCCGGCAUGUAUAUGGGCGAAUUAGUUCGGAGUAUUGCCGCCGAUCUUUGUCGUCGUGGCUUACUGUUUGGUGGUAAAGGAUCCACACAACUGUUCACACCACAUUUAUUUAAAUCAGCAUAUGUAUCGGCAAUCGAAGGUGAUCCAGAUGGUGAUUUUACCAAUGUAAUUAAAGCAUGUGAAGAAAUGAAUCUAUCGCAUGCAACUAAGGAAGAUUAUGAAGGCAUCAAAAUGAUUUGUCAUCGUAUUUCAUUACGUGCAGCUCAUUUAGCAUCGGCUGCAAUUGCUACUUUAUUGAAUCGUUUGAAUCGACCACACACAACUGUUGGUAUUGAUGGUUCGGUGUUUAAAUAUCAUCCAAAUUUCAAAACUGUGAUGAAUGAAAAAAUUCUGGAAUUAGUUAAUCCAGGCGUAGAAUUUGAGCUAAUGUUAUCUGAAGAUGGUAGUGGUCGUGGUGCUGCAUUGGUGGCUGCUGUCGCCGUUCGUCAACAAGAAGAACUACGUAAACGAGGACGUUUUCGUAAAAUUACACCGAUUCCCGAUUCAAUGAAACCAUUGGUCAAUGGUAAUAAUGGCAAUAAAUCGACAACCACCAAUAAUAAUAAUGCUGAAAUUGUGAAUUGAAUCACACAAAAUGGAACAAAGUAUUUUUCUCAUAAUUCAUUUC